AGGAAAAUUUUGAAUUUGAAUUGGGAGAUGAAUCAAUUUCAUAUGACUUCUCCACCACUAAAGACGUGUCAUAAGAAGAGAUUGAGCUUUGAAGUGUUAACCGAAACUUCUUCAACUGAUAACAAAACGGAAAGAAUUUCAAAAAGUGCACCUGGUCACCUGUUCGGGAAAAGAAACAAGGCUAGGAAUGUGUUCUAUUACAAAGACGCCAAUAGAACAGAACGAGAACUGCAACAUGUUACUCCAGUGAAAAGGCUCAACUUUAAAUAUUUUUCUGAUAAUCAAACAAGUGAGGAAACUUUAGCAGUAACCACUUUUGAGAAUAGUCAUCAAGUUGGUUAUGAAAGGAAAAGGAAAGCCAAAAAGCCUGUUAAGCCAGGUUCGAUAGAAAGACUGGACGAGUUGCUACUUCAAGUUAACUCUGAUAGCCAACUAUAUCGCAACUAUGAAAGUAAUCCUUCAGCUAUUUUUACCCAUUUAGCAAGACAUAUAAGAAUGUCUUCUGAGACGUUUCUAGUUAAUCAUUUGGUGUAUACAUAUCCUACCUAUACACUCCUAAACUGCCGCUCUGUUCUUGAAGAUUGUCAACACGAUGCAGACAAUUUAGUUCUCAUUUUUCUACCUUCCGAAGUGUAUCGUUCUAUUUCUCCAUGUUUCCGAUUAUUAUGGCCUUAUUUUGAAACCAAAAAUGUGUUACAAACCAUGCAAACCUGUCGACGAAUCAUUGUUGCAGCGCAUAUGAUUCCAGUACGAGUGUAAUAUUAUUCUUCAGGCUUCUUUUGACAAAUGAAUGCUUAUUCUAUGCAGCUUUUAUUUUCUCUACGGUACUUUAAAUAGUAUUCUUGAACAAUUGCGUAUAUAUAUAUAUGUG